AUCCUAAAGAAACUCAACUCAACAACCGACACAUCACAACUUCCCGAACCAAAUAAGAAUGUCUUCCCCAACCCACUAUGCUUGCCUUGAAUCCAACAACUCAAAAUUCAGAUUUGCCUAUCAUGAAUCUUUCUCAUCCCAACAAUCUGGAAAAGUAUUCUUGAUUGACUUUGAAAAUUCUGUCAAGUAUAUGAAUGGCAAUUGUCCUCUUGAAGUCAUCAAUACAAAGGUUUUUACUCAAUUGGUAAGUGGACUUGUUUCAGUCAAGAUUUCAGACGAAACUCAAGGAGUCAUUGAACUCACCAUUGGAACCAAGUGUUUGAAAUUGGAAAAGACUGAAAUUACAAGUCAAGAUUUCCUUCAAGAACAGGUUUACUUAUUGGAGAAGAAGUUUGAAAGAAUGCUCAAAGAAAAUGAUAACAAGAUUAAAAGUUUGAAUGAUGAAGUUAAUAGCUUAAGAGCAAUGAAUGAAGAAUUGGUUCUAGCUGUGAGAACCAAGAACGAAGAACCUGUUCAACCAGUUGCUGAAGAAGUUCCACCAGUUGUUGCUGCAGAAUAAUUGAAAACUUACGAUUACAAAUAAAAAACCUAGUGCCAGUAUUUACC